ACGCACGUAUCUCAAGAAAUGCAAGGAACGUUUAACGGGUCAUCAGACGGCCAAGGCAACAGCAACAGCACCAGCAACAACAACAAUAGUAACAGCAACUACAACUGCAACAGGAACAGCGACUACAACCAUGACCACGACAACAGCCACAAUAACAAUGAGCAAGAACGAAGCAGCACCCACAAACAGUCAACCAGUCCCAGUCAUUUCAGAGCUGGACAACGAAGACGAGGUUGAGAUUGAGAUGGAGGAAGAGGAAGAGUGUUGCAGCGAUGCGCCCAGUGCUUAUGCCGAAGCGUUGCCCAUCGUUUUGGCUCUAAGCACAACGCCUGCGCCAACGACGCCACCUACAACAGCAACAGCAACAGCAACAACAACAACAGCAAUGCGCCUGUCGACAGCCAUUGAUGCACAACAGGCGGUCGUCGUGCAACAGGCGCCCAUGUACCAGCAGCCACAGGAGGCAACCGCCAACACUUGCAACACGGAACAACAACAACUGCGGCCAACCGUCGACGAUGCCACGUUGGCCGAUCUGAUUGACAGGCAUCUCUCGCACAUUUAUCCCGUCUACUGGGCACGCACGCGUGCGAUACUAAUGCGGCAGGCACGUGAGCUGCUCGUGCGCUCCUUCAAUGGCUGCCUGGCGGCAUUCGAGCACCGAUUUCUAUGCAAAUUUGCUGAAAUUGCGGCAACGUUGCGCACCACUCAUCAAAUUGGCGAGUCCUGGCUAUGGCAGGCAGGCUGGCCGCUGGCAACCCACAAUGGAGCCUUGGUGCUGCAGCUGAGCGCCACUGAGCACGCGCACGCACUACGCGCCGCCGAAUUGUAUUUGUGCGUCGAAUUGGGCGACACCGAGGCAGCCGCAACAGUUGGUUUGAAGCUGUGCGCUGUUUGGCGCAACGCGUCGCAGCAAGAGUCCGCGAGUGUACAGAGUCGUUGCAUCGACUACAAAGAUCCGAAGACAUUGCCACUGAGCGUGGUGCAGCUGGAGCAAAUGUUGGGCAGCUCCUCAGUGGGUGAUGGCAGCAGCGGGGGCGGCGGCGAGUUGCCGCAGCUGCUGCAGAAUUUAUUGGUUAGUGUGGAGCGCAGCAUUGAGCGAGUCUCUUUGAAUGAGCUGCAAAUGCCAAUUGCCAGCAUGCAGCCGUGUGACGAGCUCGAGCCUAAUACCAACAGCAAUAAUAGCAGCAAUAAUAACAACAACAACAGUAACAGCAACAGCAACAGCAACAACAACCACAAUAUCAGUAACAUUAACAGCGGCAUUGGCUCGCCAAAGUGCGCGCUGAGACGCAGCGAUUUAAUUACCAAAAAUAAAUUGUUCAACAAUCGUUACAUGCUGCGACGCCUCACAAAUCGUCAGGAUAGCAUGAACUCCACCUCCUCUGGCAACAGUUGCAGCAGUAAUGGGAGCAGCAGCAGCAGCAGCCACAGCAGCCACAGCAGCCACAGCAGCAGUGCUGGCGAGGAGUUGCGCACUCACAACCAUAACCACAUCAACAACAAGAACAACAACAGAAAUAACAACAAUACCGAAACUACCAGCAAUAUUGAAAAAUCGACAUCGCCAGCCUUGCCGCUCUUCUGUCUGGGAAAUUCUUUUCCACACAUCGACAGCGACGAGGAGGCAGCGGAUGGAAGCAGCAGCAGCCAUAAAAGCCAAACAACAGACCACAACAACGGCAAUGCCGACACGAAUGGCGAUGAGUGUGAGGCAAAGUUGCUGCCCGCCAGCUCCAUCAAUGAACUGCCCGAGAAGUUGCUGACCAGUGGCGUCUAUUUGCCAGGAACACGCACCCUCAAAGGCGACCCACUUGUAAGUGUGGAUGCGGCUUGUGUUGUUGCCGCCGGCUUGAAUUGCUACGAGAUUGCCACAGUUUUGCUCUACUACAGCACCAUACCGGAACGCAGCCAAACAACUGCAGCAACAGAUGGCCAUAAAAGCUACGCCAACACAACAGCAACAACAGCAACAACAUCGCAGCAACAGCAACAGCAACCCGCCCAGCAAACAUUUACCAUUUUAAUUGCCAUCGAGAAAUCGCAACAUUUAUGCGUAAUCGACUUAAUUUGCCAAAGCCUCAAAUUGUUAAGCAAGCAAAUCGGUUAUUGUGAAAUUUUGGUCGUUUGUCUCGAACGGAAUUUGUUGCAAUUGUGCAACGAGCGGCAGCCGCAGCCGCAGCAGCAGCAACAGCAACAAGAAAAGCAGAACGGCAUCAGCAACAUCAACAUCAACAGCAACAACAAGGAAUACAACGGCAACUUGGAGCAACAACAGCAACAACAGCAACAACAGCAACAGCAGCAACGAAAACAUCGAUCCACAGCUACAGCCGCGGCAGCAACAUUGACGCCCCCAUCGUCACCGCAUUCAGUUAAAUUCAUUAGCAUCGACGAAGUCACGACAAGUGUUGCGCCAUCGCAGCUGCCGAGCAGCGUGAGCUUCAGCGUGAACGGCUCGCGCCUGCGCAGCGGCCUGCAUCAUCACGAUGCGCGGAAAUGGCGCGAGUUCUUCGUCCAACUGGAGGCGUUCGAACGGCAAUGCAGUGCGGCCGGUCAGCGUUUGGUUAGCGCAUUGAGCGAUAUACGCGCCGCCGAUUUGCAGGGACUGCCGACCCGUCGACAGUUGUACGGACAGCAUCGUGCAUUGAGCCGUGCCCUCAUGGAUUCUGAAUUGCAUAAUUUGCGCAAGCGUGGCGCGCUCAUGCUGACACGUCUGCAGGAAAUGGCCAGAGCGAUCAACUCUGCAGCAUCAGCAGCAUCAGCAGCAGCAACAACAUCGUCUCUGACGUCAGCGGGCAGCGGCAACGCAGACGCCGCCCUGGGUCUGCGCAAAGUGACGUUACUGUUCAAUGAGGUCGACCGCGCCGCCCAGCGUCUCGAGCAGCUUACCGAGCAGCGACGCGAGCGUUUGCGGGAGCUGACGCGUCAGCGUGCACUGGAGGAUGAAAUUAAUGAGGUCACCUCUUGGCUCACUAGUGAUGGUGCAGAAACCUUGCAGAAAUUUGCACAACUUCAAUGGGACAAUGAGACGCAGUUCAAGGCCCAAGAGCAGGAGUUCGAGAACUACUACUUCAUAUCGAUGAAACACUUGGCCAAAGGCCGCGAUCUGCACGCGGCGGCAAAUAAUAUGGCCGUGCUGGGCGAUAGUGCCAGCAACCUAAAGGCGGCGCUGGACAAGUUUGCCGAGAAGCUGGAGGAGACCCGCGAGCGCAUUGAGGGCGCAGCUCGUCUCCUGCAUCUGCUGACGCAGCACACACGUGAGGAAGCCAUACGCGAAGAGAUGCAGCGUCUGGCCGAGCAAUUGGGCGCCAUGUCGCUACUGGAGCGCUAUCGGCUGGACAAGUCCUCGGCGGCGCUCCGCAAGGGUGCUGGGCUGAACGCGACCAGCAGCACGCCCACGUCAAGUGGAAAGCUGGCUCAACGCUCCAGCUAUCGGUCCAGUUCGGGCAACGGAUCCUUUGAGGGUGUGCAGUCGUGCAAUUGCUGGCGCGAGAGCCGCAACCUGGAGGACAUGGAUGAGUUGUUGGCCGCCACAGCCGUCGAGGAGGAGGAUGGCGAGGAGGAGCAAUCGAAAAUAGCCGACUCUGGCGUAGGUGUCUGCGAUCGCUGCGAGGGCAAUCCGAAGCUGGAGCGUAUCUGCUCCUGCCAGAGUCUUAACGAGGCGAACAAUGUCUACGACAAAAGUCACAACUGCGAUGAGCUCGAUGAUGAGUGUUUCGAGCGACCGACAAAACGUUACAUGGACAUGCACUCGCCUGUGGAGGCGAAUGCACAUCUACAGUGCCAUGCAUCCAGCCUGGAGCUGCCCAAGCUGGAUGAACUGAGCUGUUUGGACCCAAAAAUACAAAAAACGCUUCUAUUGAUCAUGCGCGAAAUGAUUGGUACCGAACGCGACUACGUGCGCUCCCUGUACUACGUCAUCGAUAACUACAUCGAUGAGCUGCUCCGAGAUGAUAUUCCGCAACCGCUGCGAGGUCAGCGCAAUGUCAUCUUUGGCAACAUCGAGAAGAUCUUUGAGUUCCACAAUUCACAUUUUCUCAGCGAGCUGGAGCGUUACGAGCGCAAUCCCCUAAAGGUGGGCGCCGCCUUUUUGGAAAUGGAAUCCAAGUUCUAUUUGUAUGCCUUGUACAACAAAAACAAACCGAAGAGCGAUACACUACUCAGCGAAUAUGGCAGCUCCUUCUUCAAGCCCAAGCAACUGGAGCUGCAGGAUAAGAUGGACCUGGCGUCAUAUCUGCUGAAGCCUGUCCAACGAAUGGGAAAGUACGCUCUACUGCUGCAACAGCUGGUGAAAGCCUGCCAUAGUGUGGAAGGGGCAGCUCUGCAGGAGAUUCAAGCCGAUGUGGAGGAACUGCAAAGGGCCGAGGAGAUGGUCAAGUUUCAACUGCGCCAUGGCAACGAUCUGCUCGCCAUGGACUCGCUGCGCGACUGCGACGUAAAUGUGAAGGAGCAGGGUCGUCUGCUGCGUCAGAACGAGUUUCUCGUCUGGCAGGGGCGCGGCGGCAAGAAAACGUUGCGUCAGGUCUUUCUAUUUGAGGAACUGGUGCUGUUCAGCAAGGCCCGACGCUUUCCCGAUCACAAGAAUCUCGACAUUUACAUCUACAAGAACAGCAUUAAGACCUCGGACAUUGGCCUGACGGCGCACACAGGGGACUCGCCUACAAAGUUUGAGAUUUGGUUUAGGAAACGGAAACCCGACGACACUUGGAUGCUGCAGUGCAUGUCGGAGGACAUCAAGAAUGCCUGGACCGAGGAGAUUUCAAAGUUGCUCUGGAAGCAGGCGAAACGAAAUCGAGAAAUUCGCCUAGCUGAAAUGUCCUCCAUGGGUAUCGGCAGCAAACCGUGCCUGGACAUACGGCCCAGCAACAACCAGAUCAAUGACCGAUCCAUACCACUGACGCAGCUCAACAAAACGCCCAAACUACGUCACGUUGAGCCAGGCAAAGGCAGCAUGCGUCGUCCCAAUUCCCUGAUAUCGGAAAGUUCUCUGUCCAGCGGUACGAGCAGCUCCUCGAUUAGCACCUCGUCGGGCGGCGGCCAUGAAAGUGGGCGCCACAGCUUACACUUUGGAAAGUUGCAUAGCAGCGCCAGCGCCAGCGCCAGCAGCAGCAGCAACAGUAACAGCAACAAUGCCACGCUGGAACUCAUCAACGAGACGCAAGCACUGAAGCUCAACAAUCAUAGCCACAAUCACAAUCACAGCGAAGGCACAGCCGAAGCGGCAAUUAACAACAGCCACCAUCCAAGUGGCAAGAAUGGCCACUCGCGCCACCACAAACGCUCCACGACAAUUGUCAGCCAACUGUCCAUGGAGAGCGGCAUUGUCUCCGACAUCUCUCUGACGCCGGAUCAGGAGCUUGCGGCAGAGCAUGCGAGCAGCAAGGCGACUGCCACCAGCUGGUCAGCAUCCACCACAUCGACGACGAGCGGCGCCUCCACGGUGGUGCUGAGGCGCUACAAAUCGUACGCUCAUGCCGCCGAGACGGCAGCGCCGGAGCACAGCAAAUAGUUGCUUGGAUUUCUUUAACAUUUAACUACAAUAUAAAUACAUACAUACAUAUUUUCAGCUAGAGAGGAGAAGAAAGUUUAUUAGCUU